GUUCGUGCGCCUGCCCCCCAGCGUCUGGUCUGCGUUCGGUCCUUGCAGGACACCGUCGUCGGUCUGGCAGCGUCGGAGUCCGACGGCGACUUGCCUCCGAGAUAUGGCCGGCUCGGAGGCUGAGUGGGUAACCAUUGCCAAUAGCCUUCUUUUUAAGUGUCAUAUACAUCUGAGAAUACAUGAACUUCAAGACUGUGAUGCUAAUGUUUUUAUUGCCCUUUAUCAGUCUAUUUUGGGAGAAAAAGUACCAGACCUCAUAGCUAUUCCUAGGAGUCAAGAGGAUGAUGCACACAAUGUACAAGCAGUAAUUGAUUCGCUGGCCUUGGAUUACUUACAGGUCAGCUUGUCUCACAUAACAGGAGAAAAUAUAGUGAAAGGAGAUAAAGAAUCUAUUAAGAAUCUCCUGGAAAUAUUUGAUGGUUUGUUGGAGUAUCUUACAGAACGCAUCAGUGAAACAUCUCAUGAGAAAAGUGAAACUCAACAGUAUUUUAAAGAAUCCGAUCGAGGAGAACGUUUGGAAGAGCCAGAAAGUACUAAAGAGUCUAAAUCAUCAUGGAAAAGAGUUUCUUUUGGGAGGUGCUCCUUGUCUUCUGAGACGUUGGGCCCCUCUUGGGAUGGAGAUGAAGCAGAAUCCACUGGUGAAAUCAUUAGACUUGGAGACACAGCGCACACCUUUUCUCUAAGAAGUAAUGGUGCUCAAUGUCCUAAUGAAAUGCUGUCUAAAAAAAUCUCAGCCUCACCAAGUUCUAAAUCACGUGAAGAGGUGUUGUACCCUCCUAGUGUUUUGUCCAAAAAUAGGACAUCCUUUGUUGAAGACAGUGAGUUGUAAUGGAUCAGAAACCCUUUCUGUGAGUAGGAUUCCAAAUGCUAGGAAGCUAGGGGAGCCUAUCCGAGCAGCUAUUCCUUUACAUCCACCCUACCACCCUUCACAGCCUCGAGCACCCUGCCCCAUAGGAAAAGAAUACUUGCAUUCAAGUCACUGCCCCCCAGCUGUAAAUUCUACUCAAGAGCGUAUGGAAUUUUCUGGGGAUCUAGAUGAUAGAGUUUUCUUAACUUCCAAGUUGCCGAAAGACAGCAAACAGGAAGUGUACCCAGCUCAGGUCCAAGGGCCUAGGACAAGGAAGCCUCCCAAAGGAAAAAGAAAUGAAAACAGAGCUACAGCCUCAUCCUGCAAUUCACCUUUUCCCCAGAGGCCAAGAAAGAGAUUAACAGAACAAGAAUUACAUGAUGUGUCAGAGAAACUCUCUCAGCGGCUCUCUGAACUAGAUUGGAUGUUAAAAAGUGCCCUGGGUGAUCGGAUUAAAGAAAAGACUGACCAUAAAGAAGAAGAUACUGGAAAUGAAGAGGUAGAGGAUGGAACUGAGGAGACAGUGUCUCAGCACAGUGAUGGCAUCGUGGAGUAUGGGCCAAAGAAGUCAAGGCCAGGACUUUCCAUGCAUAGAAAGCCACCCUACAGAUCCCAUUCGCUCUCUCCAUCUCCAGCUAACAAACGCAAACAGUUCCACACGGAGAGAAAAAGGCAGCGCAAGCCAAGAGAAACAGAUACCCACCAAUUUCGAGCACAGGCAUUUACUGAAGCAUUUGAAAGGGAGCUAAGAAGACAUAAAGUUCAAGAGAAUAUUGGACCUCUAAGAAUACAUGAGGAGGAGGAGGAAACAGAAAAAAUAUACAGAGGAGAAGCUGUUCGUAAAGGAACUCCAGAAUGUAGUCAGUCCUGGAAGAUUUACUCUAGAAAAACCACAACUCAACGUCCAAGAGGUGGCCUCCCAAAGCCAAACAAAGCAGUUCCAAUGAAAGUAAGUGAACACAGUCUCCUGCCCCUUAUGCUGGAGCAGUUUCCAUUUCUCUAUGUUUCUGGCCCAACACUAAGCAAAAUGUGGAAACAGCAAAUUGCACAGGUUGAACAGCUUAAGAAAGAGGCAUGUAGAGAAAAUCGAUCAAAGAAGAAACUGCAAGAUGAAAUAGAAGAAGCCCUAAGAAGGCAUGACCUCCUUACUACCCUUGUCAGGAAAGAGUAUGAACAUAACAAGAGACUGCAAGACUUCAAGGACUGCAUUCGUAGGCAAAGGUUGACCCAAUCAAAGAUAAAAGAAAAUCGACAGCAAAUCGUUCGUGCUCGAAAAUAUUAUGAUGAUUAUAGAGUUCAGUUGCAUGCAAAAAUGAUGAGAAUGAGGACCCGGGAAGAAAUGAUAUUUAAGAAACUGUUUGAAGAAGGUUUAAACAUUCAAAAGCAGAGAUUACGAGACCUAAGAAACUAUGCCAAAGAAAAGCGAGAUGAACAAAAGAGACGCCACCAGGAUGAACUGGACUCCAUGGAGAACUACUAUAAGGACCAGUUUUCAUUGCUGGCAGAAGCCAUAUCACAGGAACAUCAAGAACUUAAAGCCAGAGAGAAAUCUCAGGCCCAGACAUUACAUAAGGUGAAGAGGGAGCUGAGAUCUAAGAUGGAGAAGGAAAUUCAGCAGCUGCAGGACAUGAUAACACAGAAUGAUGAUGAUGUUUUCUUCCGGGAACUGGAAGCUGAGCGCUUCAGAUCUCGGCUUCAGCUGGCUUCCUUUCAGUACAGUAAAAGUCCCUCCCUGUGAGGCCAGACUUGAUAAUAGGUGAAGGUUCUGGAGGCCUUUACCAGGACAGAGCUAGAAUUGAGCCAGUAAACAGAUAAGCCAGAAAAGUCAUUUUCAAAUGCUUUACCUAUAUUUCCAGUACUCUUUAUGAAUUUUAAAAUAAAAAUUGUUUUCUAAAGGUUUA